AAUAGUGGUAGUUGUAUUUAUUUAGGGAGAAAUCUUAAUGUUUAGGGGAAAUAUUUUAAGUGUAACAAAUGAAGUUAAACAAAUAGAAGAAAGAGUUUCUAGAGCACAGUUGGUGUCUGUCUGAUCUGUGUGUUUUAGCUCUGUGUGAUUCGGUGUUGGACUUCAUCGCCAGAUUUUUCCUCAUCCUCUGUCUCUGCUCCCCGCUGCCUCCUUCUGCCUCCCCGGCUGCAGCUCCUCAUUUCAUCCCGGCGCCCGCAGGAACAUCUCGCCCCUCUCUGCGCCUCUCUGGAGAAAUGUCAGACGUUGGCUCGGAUCAGAUCCGGACCGGAGAGCAGAACAGGAGCCGAACCGAGCCGAACCAACAGGAGGCCUCGGUUCCUCAGCCGCACACCGUGUUCGUGAUCCUGGACUCGGCUGAAACUCUCAGCUUGGUCCAGAUGGAGUCUGGGAUUGUGGCCGACAUCGAGGUCGACAGUUUGAUUCCCACAGACAGUGACAUCUUCUACCAGAUCAAGAGCCAGCCAAUCAGCAUCAGCUCCUCUGCAGCAUCCCCAUCUUCGUCAUCUUCAUCGUCUCUUCCAUCGGUGAUGUCAUCCCGGGUUCUGAUGCGUCAGGGGCUGAUGCGGCAGCAGGCGCUGGAGGAGCAGCAGAAGGAGGCGCAGCAGCAGAAGGAGGUGCAGCGCUGCAGCGACUCCUCCUCCCCCAUCAGCCUGGCUAACUCCGCCCCCUGCACACCUGCCCAGGUUCCCGUGGAGGUGCUGAAGGUGCAGACUCACCUGGAGAACCCCACCAGGUACCACAUCCAGCAGGCCCAGAGGCAGCAGGUCCGCCAGUACCUGUCCAACACCAUGACAGCCAAUCAGCAGCCAGCACUGCAACCAAGCCCCUCCCCCCAGCAGGACUCUGGUGCCACGCUGUCCGAUGAAAGCAGCCCGAAGCAGGAGAUGGAGGAAACAGUCAUUGACGACAUCAUCAGCUUGGAGUCGAGUCUAAACGAGGAUCUUCUGACUCUGAUCGACUCUGGCCUGCAGCUCACCAACACGCUGCCGGCAGCGGGGAACAUGCUGGAUGUCUAUGGAGGGAUGUCUACGCCCACCAUCGCCGUUAGUAACAGCUGCCCAGCCGACUUGCAUGCCGUCAAGCGGGAGCUAACAGAUGUGGAGACCAAAGCUCUGAUGAAGGAGCGGCAGAAGAAAGACAACCACAACCUGAUUGAGAGGAGACGGCGCUUCAACAUCAACGACCGCAUCAAGGAGCUCGGAGCACUGAUCCCCAAGUCCUCUGACCCGGAAACCAGGUGGAACAAAGGCACCAUCCUGAAGGCGUCUGUGGAUUACAUCCGCAAACUGCAGAAAGAGCAGCAGAGAGCCAGAGAGAUGGAGGAGAGGCAGCGCAGGCUGGAGAGCACCAACCGCUCGCUGCUGCUGCGCAUACAGGAGUUGGAACUCCAGGCUCGCCUUCAUGGCGUCUCCUCUUCCUCCGUCUCUGUGGACCCCCAGACGCUCCUGUCCCCGCUAUUGCCCAACCCGUCGCUGAGCUUCAUGGACCUGGACGAGUCCCACCAGGCAUCCGCUGUCUUCUCCACGGACCUGAUGGCGGAGUUGGGGGCGGGGCUGAGUGGCCUGGGGGCGGGGCUUCUGAUGGAGGAGGACGCGGGCGGGGCUGUGAUGUCUGACCCGCUGCUGUCCUGCGGCGCCUCGAAGACCAGCAGCCGGCGGAGCAGUUUCAGCAUGGACGAGGACCUUUGAUGAUGUCACCACAGGCUGGUCUCUGAUUGGCUGAGGGGGCCGGGUCAAAGAUUUAACAAAGAAAUUGACAGAACAAUUUAAAGUCUGUGAUGUCCAACAUAUUCAGAUUACAAAACACAGACAAUGUAACCGUGGCAACCACUUCAUGCUAACCGCUGUGAGUCAUCGCUGUGUAACCAUGGUGACAUUUUCCUCACUGUGUUGCCAUGGUAACCUUUACGUUCACCUUAUAACGGAUCGGCACCAGAGCUGACUGGUGGUUAAAUAACAAGCUGUCAUCUGAUUGGCUGAUUUGAGCAGGUCAGUGGGUUCGACAGGUGAGCCCUCAGGUGUGUUGCUCACAAGCUUGUACAAAUCUGUAAAUUCACAGAAAUAUAUAAUCAGUGUGCUGGGAAGAUUUUAUGGAGAUUUUAUGAAUAAGAAGAGAAAUUUUUCUGGUCCAGAUUGUUUACUUCCUGUUUGUGUCCAUGUUUCAAUGUCCUGCUGGAGACAAAGUUCAGGACCUACAGAAGGGAAAUCAGGGACAGGUACCUGGACCCUGUGGUUCCGGACUGGCAGAUAAUCCAGAGUUGACUCACUGCAAUGCUAGCAUCUUUUAAUAAAGCUCAUGUACUAGUGCCAGUUUUGCUGCCAGUUUUGUUGAUGUCCUGCAUUGUGGGAAAGCUACCUGACCCAUUCGUCAGGAGUUCUUCCUGGUUCAUAGGUCAGUCUCCUACAGACACAGUCUGGGUCCUCUGGACUUGAUAAAGUGCUAUACAAGUACAAACCAUCUAUUAUGAAUUUAUUUUGGACUGUUUUUUGCCUCUGGAGGUCUAAGUGUUUCUGAUUCUGACCUGUAUAUGACAGUGGAUAAAGAUGCACUAACAUGACGACGACAAGCUAACAUAAUGAACAUGACGACAUGCUAUCAUGAUGAGCUGGGCCGUGAUGAUUCUUUUAAAUUUUAAUCAAGCAUUAAAUAAUAACAUUUUGAUAUUUCUGAACAUUUGAACAGUUUCCAAACUCAUGCCUUUAGCUGUUAGCUCAGAGUGCUAACAAGUGUUACACACUCAACCAAGGGAAAUGGAUGGAAGUUUGGGACAUUAUCUGCUGUUGAUCAUGUUUCUAAUCCCAGCCACUGAAAAUGAAGCUAACUGCAAUCAUUUCUGCUGUUAGCUGUGUGUUAGCAUCAUUGCCGGUUGUCAUCGGGAUCACAUGGAAUUAGUCACAAAGGGAAAUCUGUUUCUCUGGUCCUUCAUGCUGUUUUAUGUUAAUGAUGUUUACAUGUAGUCUGUUAAUAAUCUUAGCUAAGAUUCUGUUUUUUAAAACUAUUAAAUUUCACACUGUUAUCUUUCAUAUAGAAUAAAUAUUCAAACAGAAA